AUGCCGAAUGGCCUGUACAAAGAUGUCGUCUUCGAGAAGACCAAGAACUUCUACCACUUCCACAUGAUCUACACCACUCAGUGGAUACUCCUCAUUCUUCAAAUCAUGCUUGGAGCGGUACUGACGGCACUUGGCGCUAUCUCCAUGAAGGACAAGAUUCCCAUCACUGCUCUUGCAGCAAUCAAUACCGUUGCCGCCGGCGUUCUCGCCCUCAUGCAUAGCAGUGGUGUUCCUGACAGAUUGCUGCGCAACAAGAAUGAGUACUCGAAUGUCGUGGAUUAUGUAAAGUAG